CAACAGUGCCCCGCCCCGCUCUGUGACGACUAAUGUCUGCGACGGCAGCAAAAGGCCCGCCUAAGUGCGUCACAUAGUGACUUCGGUUGAGCGCUUUUACCAGUGGAGGGGCGGCGGCGGCGGUUCAGGGCGACGAGGCCUCUAGGUGCGUGGCCACGCUGGGCAGCGUCUCCUCCUGUGGCCUCUUCUGCCGUUUAAUGCGUCUUCUGCUUAUAUUGGGGCAAAAUGGCUGCUGAUAUGUUUUCAAAAGUUCUGGGGGCUCAGAUGCUUCAGACAGCUAAGAUUGUUGAAGAACAACUUGAUGCUGAGAUUGAAAAGUUGGAUCAGAUUGAUGAAGAUGAACUGGAAAUCCUGAAACAAAGAAGGCUUGAAGCACUGAAGAAAGCCCAGCAACAGAAACAAGAAUGGCUUUCAAAAGGACAUGGGGAAUACAGGGAAAUCCCCAGUGAGAGAGAUUUUUUUCAAGAAGUGAAAGGGAGCAAAAAUGUGGUCUGUCAUUUUUACAGAGAUUCAACUUACAGAUGCUUAAUAUUUGACAAACACUUAACAAUACUUGCGAAAAAGCACAUUGAGACCAAGUUUAUCAAGCUAAAUGCUGAAAAAUCUCCAUUUCUAUGUGAGAGACUUCGCAUCAAAGUAAUCCCCACACUAGCACUUGUAAAAGAUGGAAAAACUCAGGAUUAUGUGGUUGGUUUUACUGAUCUCGGUAAUACAGAUGACUUCACCACAGAGACCUUAGAAUGGAGGUUAGGAUGUGCAGAUAUCAUCAACUACAGUGGCAACUUAAUGGAUCCACCAUUCCAGAGCCAAAAGAAGUUUGGAACCAGUUUCACAAAGCUAGAUAAGAAAACAAUCAGAGGAAAGAAAUAUGAUUCAGAUUCUGAUGAUGACUAGAUAUUACAAUACAUGUUUGUAAGCCAUCUUUUCUUUUAAGCUUGAUACAUUUCUAGGAAUGUUUUUUAUAAAGCUGUUUGUUUAGAGAACAUUUGCACAUGAUGCUCAUUUUCUAACUGUUUUAUAUAACUCAUGAAAUCUGAAAUAUUUUUUCCUUUUGGGAUGUCAUUUCUAGGUCAAGGAAGGUGAGCCCUUUUGAACUGUGUCACAUUUAGCAUUUUGUUUCAAAACUAAUCCUUUAAAAAUGCUGUAUACCAUUUUGCUGUUGAAGUAUUAAUGAAGGUCUCCUGUCAAGAAUUGUUGCAAAACUAUUCUAAAAUUAUAAUAACCUAAUUGUUUGCCUGAAAUUGCCAUGAGUGAGGCAUUGCCUAUCCUAACUACAGUGCACUGAAUAUGAUUAAACCAUCCUAGACUCUCUUUGAAAGAAUAAUUCUGCAAACUGUACACUGCAUGUUAAAGCUGAAUCAGCAGUAAAUAGCAUAUGGUAGAACUGAAUUGAAACAUGCCUUGCUUGCAGGAUUAUUUAAUAUAAUUCUGUGGUUUGGAGAACAGGCUACUUGAAGCAACAAUGAAUAUUAGUAUGUUAUUUUUAACUCCUGAUAACAAUAGGAAAGCAGUUUAAUAUAGUUUCUUGUACUGUAGUUCUUCAGUAAUACACAUUUUCUGGAAGAAUCCCUAUAUUCUUUCAGUAUUUUAAGAAGAGGGCUCCUUGUGAAUCAUUGAGUCAAACGUCGGGCCAAACUGCCCUGCUUAUUAAUCUGUUUCCUAGAUCUAUGGAUCUCCCAAUACCAAUGGAAGACCAUUUCUUUGCUGAAUUGCCAUGCAGAGGGUAAUUGCAGUUGGGAAGGGAAAGGAUAAUUACACUCCUUUGAAAGUGUGUAAUUUCAAAAUCCUACUCCAAAAUCCUGCUUAUAUGGCACUCACGUUUAGAGCAUAAAGAUAUGAUCAGAAGGGUUGUUCUCAACUUUAUGACAUGCAAGACAAGACAUUGUGUGAAAUGCAAAAUACUAGUAACCACUCUUAAAUUUGUAUCUAUAGAAAUGCUGUAAAUCACCUGAACAUCUGUGUCAUUUUGACUUGGCCCUCUAAUCUUUUCAAGUGCCUAGCAGCACCCUAGUCACUCAAAGAAAAGUGAAAAACGGUAUUGCAGGCAAAUCGAGUGUGGUUGGCACUCUUUUGACUCCUAUAAAUAGCCCUCUUUUCUCCCAGUUUUCCUCUUUGGAGGUGAGAAAGCUUAAGAUAGAGGAGGAAUGCCUGGACACAACAAAAGGAUGUCCAUGAGGCACUGUCACAUCCUUAAAUCUGCAGCUGUGCCUGACCUUCUUUGUAUCUCUCUUAGAUGGAAACAAAAGGCAAGCUGCUUCCCAAAGACUGAAAGAGGGAGCACUAAGGGGAGAUUUUGAAAAUUUGAGGAAUAUGAUUUUGAGAAAGAAUAACAGUGUUGGGAUAGUGACAGGGAAACAGCCAAAAGAUUUAAGUAGGAUUGGGGGUGGGGGGUUUCAAUGUGUGUAUGAGAGAGAAUUCACUGGGUAGGCAUCAGUGGUGGGGAGAGCCUAUGUAUCCCAUCAGAGUAGCUGAUAUAGGAGAAGCAAAACCCAUCAGGUAUUCAGCUAAGCACUAUUUUUCUUUUAACUUCAUUUUUUAUGAUCAUGUUAAGUCAAAAUAAAGUUACUUGAAUUCACACUGUU